CCUCCCCUCUCCUACGUGGUCGUGCCCCAAUUCCUGCUUUUUUUCCCCUGCACUGCCUCCUAGGUACACUUUUUGUCUGCUCUUCAAUUGCUUUCAUAUGUAUAAACAAGGUGUUAUUUUAUCUUUUUUUUUUAAGGAUAGGUGUUAUUUUAUCUUAUUCGCGUAACUAUUUUUUCCUCAGUUUGAAGGAGGAACAUACUCGAACUAUAAUCGAGGGACGAACGACAGACUUUCUUUUCAUUUGUUUCUUCCGUCUAGCCGCGUUGAGGAAUGAGCCGAGAAAACGAAAACAGCCCAACUCAAGCGUAUAUCAGUCUGUACACGCCUACACCAGAGUCCAGUGGUCCUAAAUCCUAAUCCCGGAUUCCCUUCCCCUCUUCCCCUCGCUUCUUCGUCGGUCGACCUGCGCACGAACCGCCGGCGAGGGCGGGUGAUUGGCGCGAUCCGUGCGCUUGCCGUCUUGCCGGCGUUGGGGAGGGGGGCAGGUGAGGCCGACUGCUGCUGGUCUGCGGCGUGCGGCUCGUCCUCGUCUUCCGCUAAAAUCCCCCGAAAAACAACGAACCGAUUUCUCUUUUGCGACUGCUCGUGUCAGCGACGUGGCUGAACCGCGGGGGGCUGGGAGAAUAUUUUUAUCCAGGCGCGCCCCCCGGUUUGCGUUUCCGUCUCUCCCUCUCGCGGAUUACUGCUCGCUCGCUUCACGCAUCGUCCCUCCUGUCUCGCUCGCUAGCUGUGUUCCCACUUCUCCCCCUCGCACUACUUAAAACCGCCGAUCCCCCAUUCCAAUCCUGUCGCGAUACGACUUGAUUCGGCCUCUCUCUCUCCGCGCGCGCAGCAGCAGCAGCCGCCGAUGGACCUCCCCCUGGUGGACCUCGCGCCGUACCUCGACCGCGCCGUCGCCGGGGGCGGCGCGGCGGGGGAGGAGGCGGUGCGCGCGCUGUGCGCGACGGUGAGCGCCAGCCUGCGGGACACGGGGGCGCUGCUGGUGAAGGACCCGCGCUGCCCCGCCGCCGACAACGACCGCUUCCUCGACGUCGUCGAGCACUACUUCGCCCGAUCCGCCGACUCCAAGUGCCUCCAGGAGCGCCCCAACCUCCACUAUCAGGUUGGUGUGACACCUGAAGGCGUGGAGGUACCUCGCAGUCUUGUCGACAAGGAGAUGCAAGACAAGAUCAAGAGUAUGCCUGAGGAGUUUCAGCCCGCCACUCCUAAGGGUCCAGACCCGAAAUGGCGGUAUAUGUGGAGAGUGGGUCCUCGCCCAGCGAAUACCCGUUUUAAGGAGCUGAAUUCGGAACCUGUUAUCCCUGAUGGAUUGCCUGAAUGGAAAGAGACCAUGGAUUCCUGGGGUUCUAAAAUGAUUUCUGCAAUUGAGGUUGUUGCUGAGAUGGCUGCAGUUGGAUUUGGAUUGCCAAAGGAUGCAUUUACCUCUUUGAUGAAGGAGGGACCACACCUCCUAGCACCAACUGGAAGUGACCUUGAGCGGCAUGGUUCUGAGGGCACUGUUUUUGCUGGGUUCCAUUAUGAUCUCAAUUUCCUGACCAUACAUGGUCGAAGUAGAUUUCCAGGCCUGAACAUCUGGCUAAGGAACGGCAAAAAGAUGGAAGUUAAGGUCCCUGUUGGCUGUCUUCUAAUUCAAUCAGGGAAACAGCUGGAAUGGCUUACUGGUGGGGAGUGUUUAGCUGGAAUGCAUGAGGUAGUGGUAACCAAGAGAACACUAGAGGCAAUAGCAUUAGCAAGAGAGCAAAAUAGAAGCUUGUGGAGGGUUUCAUCAACCCUGUUUGCACACAUUGCUUCUGAUGCAACCCUUAAGCCAUUGGGCCACUUUGCUGAAGCAUCCGAUGCUCAUAGUUAUCCACCAAUCUGUGCUGGCGACUACGUCGAACAGGAACUAUCAGUAAUCAAUCUGAAAGGAAAGAAUGGAUUCUAGACGUUAUGCAGAUUUCUCGUUAACCUUACAAUUCAUAUGAUCAGCAAACGGAACAACAGUCCAGGCUGAUAUGUAUCUUCAUUGCUGGAGGCUCACAUGCUGAAACUGUUGGGUUGUUCCCUGCACAGCCCGUACAUGUCCAUGCUUCAAACCUCUUGUUAAGAUAGAUUGUCUCUCUUCAAAUGUACUAAACUGGUAUCAAUUGUGCAAAUAAAAUAUUUACUCUUUAACUUCCGAACGGGGUGUUGGACGGGCCUCACCUGUGGGUGAUCCGUUUUGGGAUGUGUUCUUAGUAGGAGGGAUUCUUUGAUCAAAGGAAUCCCUUCUUUGUAAUUGUAAAUAUUUCUUCUUAGUGAAAUGAAGCACAAUUCUCCAGUGCAUUUGGGAAGAAAAGAACUUCCAAAUGGAAUAUUUGAAUGAAGAUAGGUUGUCUC